UAGUUUUACAUACAAUUCCUCUAGAAGGCAAACUACUUAAUGAGUUUCUCUCUAAAACAUUAACACUAAUUAAUUAAAAUGUGUAAUUAAGUAAUACAGUUGUUUUUUUCUAUCCGGCGUUCAGUUCAAAUCGUGGUCCACCUCGAAUGCACCGUGGGUCAGUGUCAAUAUGGCGGCCCGCAGAGUGCCGUGGGAUUACUGUACAGCUUAGCGAUUAUAUGAAACUCUUGGGAUAUUAGUUAAUGAUACCGACACAAACAUGCUUAGUUUGCUUUCUUGCAGGGCGCAUAUAGCCCAUCCAUCGCGGUCACUGUCGUUUUACUUGCGUUGCAAUAAAACAGGAGACAAAUGGAAGCUCUCUCGGUGGUACACUUCUCGAGGGCCUCAUGGGCACAGCUCUUCACAGCAGCCUGGCAAAGCUGUCAGCCAUAUCUGGAGUUUGGCUCAGAGAGUCGUUCUUCAGGCCUCUACCAGAACAUCCAAAUCCUCUGGCUUGAAGUACAUCUUGGGACCAGCAGUCCUCACUGUCUCAGCACGCCUCUUUUGCCAAGUAGCCGGCUGCCAAGCAGAUGUGAAUAACAACACUCCAUUUGAAGUUGCUGCUGAAGACCCGGUGCCUGAGUUUAAAUGGCACAUCCUGUGGGAGUUUGUCAAACCUCAGCUGUUCGCGCUCAUCUGUGCUGUCGUGCUUGCUUUUGGUGCAGCCAUCCUGAACAUUGAAAUCCCUCUAAUGCUUGGGGAUCUUGUGAAUGUUGUGGCACGCCACCUCAGAGAACAUACAGGGAAUUAUGUCAAUGAGAUCCGAGGACCUGCCCUCAAAUUACUGGGAAUGUAUGCUAUCCAAGGCCUGCUAACAAGUGGUUACAUCAUGCUGCUUUCGAGAGUUGGGGAGAGGGUAGCAGCGGACAUGAGGAAAACCCUGUUUGCAUCUUUGCUCAGGCAAGAUGUGGCUUUUUUUGAUGCCAAUAAAACCGGGCAGCUGGUAAAUCGCUUGACUGCUGACAUUCAGGAGUUCAAGUCAUCCUUUAAAUUGGUUAUUUCCCAGGGUCUACGGAGUAUCACGCAAACAUUGGGGUGUUUCAUGUCCCUCUACGUCAUCUCCCCAAAACUGACAGGGUUGACUGUGGUUGUCCUCCCAUGUCUGGUGGGAGCGGGGGCUCUCAUUGGCUCGCUCCUGCGCAAACUGUCUCGUUUGGCUCAAGAACAGGUUGCAAGAGCUACGGGAGUGGCCGAUGAGGCACUGGGCAAUGUGCGGACAGUGAAAGCUUUUGCCAUGGAGGAACGAGAGCUCCAGUUGUAUGCAUACGAGGUUGACAAAUCAUGUGAAAUGAAUGAAAAUCUUGGAGCUGGGAUUGCCAUUUUCCAGGGGCUGUCAAACAUGGCCCUGAACUGCAUUGUCCUUGGAACUAUUUUUGCUGGAGGGACUAUGAUUUCAAGCAAUGAAAUGUCUCCAGGAGACCUCAUGUCCUUCUUGGUAGCGUCCCAGACUGUACAGAGGUCUUUGGCUAGUAUCUCCAUCCUUUUCGGACAGAUGGUGAGAGGGAUAAGCUCCGGGGCCCGGGUCUUUGAAUACCUUUCUUUGCAGCCUACCAUCCCCCUCUCUGCAGGAGGGCGCAUCCCGUACCAUUCUCUGAUGGGCAGAGUUGACUUCAUGAACAUUUCAUUUAGCUAUCCAACUAGACCUGGCCAGGAAAUCUUGAAGAAGUUCACCUUAACACUGCCACCGUCUAAAACCAUAGCCAUUGUUGGAGAGUCUGGAGGAGGAAAGUCCACGGUGGCGUGCUUGUUGGAGCGUUUUUAUGAUCCUACCAGCGGCGUGAUCAUGUUGGAUGGGCUCGACAUUCGAACCCUCGAUUUGUCCUGGCUCAGGGGCCAUGUCAUUGGUUUUAUUAAUCAGGAGCCGGUUUUGUUUGGAUCUUCCAUCAUGGAGAACAUCCGUUUUGGGAAGCCUGACGCGACAGACGCUGAGGUCAUUAACGCAGCCAAACAAGCCAAUGCUGACCGCUUCAUUACAAGUUUCCCAGAUGGCUAUCACACCACGGUUGGUGAGCGAGGUGUGACAUUGUCAGGUGGCCAGAAGCAGAGAAUCGCUAUUGCCCGUGCUUUGAUCAAGAACCCCAGCAUCCUGGUGCUGGAUGAGGCCACCAGUGCUCUGGAUGCGGAAUCGGAGCGCGUGGUGCAGGAGGCUCUGGACAGAGCCACAAGGGGGCGCACUGUGCUCAUCAUCGCCCACAGACUGAGCACCAUCCAAGGAGCUGACCUCAUUUGUGUCAUGAGCCACGGCCGCAUUGUGGAGGCCGGAACGCACUUGGAACUGCUGAGUAAAGGAGGUCUUUAUUCUGAUUUGAUCCGCAGGCAAAGAGCAGAGGGGCAGAAAUGAAAUCAUCAAACUUGUUUCAAGUGAAUCAUAGAUAUGUAAUGAUUAGUAUUCAUCAGAUGAAAAAUGCCAGAUGUGCUGUGAUAUUACCAGUUCUUGUUUAGUUAUGCAGGGGACUUAAAAGUUUGUGAAUGGUAUGUGUAUGCACAAAUGGACCAACUGGAUCAAUCUGUGACUAUUUCGAACUACACUACUGUACAGUCUUUUUGCUCAAAUUGAAAUUUACCAGCAUUGUCAGUUUUAUUAUGUAUAAAACAUUGUGAUCUGUAAUUAAAAGUAACUAAAGACAAUUUUGAUAAACGUAUGUGUUUGUUUUUUCUUUUCAUGGAUGAUGUUUUUAUUUUGGAGAUCUCGUGCUUGAAUCACUGUUUAGCACCAUCAUCUUUUUUCAUAUUAAA